UUAAAAUUAGUUGUUGUGUGAUCUUCGAGCUUUUAUGAUGUGUCUAAAGCUAAAGCUUGUGAUCCAUUGCUGGCUGACCAUGUACUUAAUCAGGGAAGCAUUUUCUUUGGUUGAGUUUAAGAACAUAAAGUGUGAAUCGACAGAUAAGGAAUUUUGCACUUUCGACUAUUGUCACCUGAAAUCUGUGAACCGGACAUAUAAGUAUUUUUCGCUUAGAGUCAAGUUAUUAAAAGUUCCAAUAACGAAAGCAAAGGUGAAUGGGGCACUCUACCAACGACUUAAUGGAUACAAACCCUUCAUGUACAAUGUAACUGUAGACGCCUGUAAAUUCUUUAAAAAUCAGAAGUCUAAUCCCGUUGCCAGUUACUUUUACGAUUUUUUUAAAGGAUUUUCCAACAUAAAUCAUUCCUGUCCCUUCAACCAUGAUCUUGUGCUGGAUAAACUAACAGCUGAAUCUGUAAAUCACCGUUUGACUAAUAUUUUACCCUUUCCAAAGGGAGAGUAUAUGGUGAAUAUGAACUGGAUUGCCUAUGACAUCAUCCGCGCUGUCUUUAAAAUAUAUUUUAUAUUAUCGUAA